AUGGCGUCUUCGGAGGACGUAUACGCGAAGGAGCUCUUUAAAUGUGGCAAGGGUUACCCGCUAUGGCAGCCCGAGGCGAUGGAAGACGAUAUAGAGGUAGAGCUGGGGGACGUCGGCUACUUGGAUAAGGGAGGCUUUUGCCGAAUGUUCAACGCGAUGCGUGAGAAGGACGAUCCCUUGAACAACAAGCCCGACAACGUCCCCGACGACUUCGAGAAGUUCACGAUAGACAUGAAGCCCAGGCGGACGAAUACCGCCAUAGAUGCAGGUCCCUUGCUUAGCAGGACCGUUAAGCGAGUCGGGGCCAAGACGGAAGCUGUUGUCCAUGGCGCAAGGGCAGGCUUCGAGUUCGAAUGCAUAGACAAUCAAGGUGCUUGCGUUGUCGUUGGCUCGUCCGCAGCGCGCCUAGAGAUUCACUCGGCACGCCGGAUGAAGGGCUACAUGAAGAAGAACAUCGACAGCUGGGUGCAUUACGCUACGGAAACCCUCGGGAUGGAAAAGAAACUCGACGAAAUUCUGUUCGUCAAAGGGUGGGUCAAGACGACGCACUGGGCUGUAGCAGCGUUCGUUGACCGGGCGAAGAACGCGAAAGUGAGCGUGAGCGGAGGGAUUGGAGCCAUGGCAGAGGUUGGCGUCGGACUGCUGGUCGAGUCGUCGUCCAGUUCCGUCGACCACCAUACUGGCCCUGGAACCCGGAUGGUCCAGGUCCCGCAGAUCAGCCCCAAGCGCAACAACAAGAAGAGCAAGAAUCGCGAGCAGCCGGAGAUCGUGCCGAAGGCGGAACUGAAGGCAAAUCAAUGUGUCUUCCUGCACUACUUCAAGAUGAAGAGGAGAUUGGUUCUUCCACCGAAGAUAGAAGCUGCGGCAGAGCCGCAGGACGGGUCCUCUUUCAGUGAUGACGACGAUUACGAGUUUGAGGAGGCACCCAUGAAGAGAAAGUCCUACGAUCCGGUUGACUACGUACUCGACUACAUUCUGGAGAAUUCCGAUGCAACCGAAGCUAUCGCGAGCGACAGUGAUAUCCUUGAAUUGUGCAAGACCGAUGAUGAAUACCCCAUCCCAGACGACAUACCCGCAUUUCUUGAUAGCCUGCGACCCGAAAUCGAGCUCACCAGCGAUGGACUCGGCAUGUUACACUUCGACGACGCCAUAACAAUCCAGCGCAUCGCAGAAAGUGCCGCCCUUGCCCAACAGAGCGCACAAAAUCCUUCCACCUCAGAAGAGCGACCACCCGAAGACCAGACGGAAUCAUCAUCACGAGCUGAUUCAGAUCCCACUCAGAGCCCACCUGGUGACUCAACUGGUGCCUCCAACCCGGACCCCACCCGAGACACCAACUCAGGCGGUGGCACCAAUGCGGGUGGAGAGCAUAGAGACCCUCCUCGCGCAGAGGAAGGGGAGGAGAAGAAGUUUGGCCUGAGUUUUGAAACGAGCGACUCCCUGCUGCAGAUGCCACACGAUGUUGAUGCCGAGCGCAAAGGCGGCGUGUUUGCGCUCGCGUAUUCAGCGCCUGGCAAUAAGGUCGCCGCCGGAUUUGAGGAUGCCACUGUCAUCGUAUGGAGCGGCGAUAAUCGCCGGAUAUUACACACGCUGGAAGGCCACAAGGGUUCGAUCUGCUCGCUCGCAUUCUCGCCAGACGGUCAGCGCCUCGUGACUGGUUCCAGGGACCACUUCGUCGCCGUUUGGGAUGUCGUCACUGGAGACAGGCUGCGGGUCCUGCGCGGCCACGAGGGCUUCGUGAACUGCGUGGCAUACUCGCCCGACGGACGGCUGAUCGCCUCCGCUUCUGUGGACUCAACCGUGAAGUUGUGGGACGCGGAAACGGGCAUGGAACGCGCCACGACAGAGGGUCACGACGCUAUGGUGAUGAGCGUCGCCUUCUCCCCCGAUAGCAGGCGCAUGAUCUCUGCGAGCGCCGAAGGCAUAGCCUACCUCUGGGACACCAUCGACGCACAGCGCACCAGCACACUGUCGGGUCAUGAAGGAGUCAUCUACACGACGACGUUCUCUCCUGCCGGUGACCGGCUCAUCACGAGCUCAGAUGACGGGUCCUCGAAGGUCUGGGGCGCGGAAUUCGGAGAGUUGUACAUGACCCUCCGAGAACACCGGGGAUCCGUAUGGGCGGCGGUCUUCUCAGCGGAUGGGAGGCACAUCCUCUCCGCCGCCAGCGACCGAACCGUGAAGAUCUGCGACUCGUACAGCGCGGAGGUGCUGGACACCAUCGACGGUGGUGACGACCUCGCGAACGCAGCGACGUUUUCGCCGGAUGGCAAGUACAUCGCUGCUGGUGGCGAGGACCACACCAUUUCCGUGUGGAGCAUGGAGACCAAACAGCGCACCAGGCAGUUCAGUGGGCACAGGGACAACAUCAACAAGGUCGUCUUCUCGCCCGACAACAAGCGAUUGGUCACGGCCUCGGAUGACGGCUCUGUGCGGCUCUGGAGGUUGGAUGGUCCUCAGUAUAUCCCUGCUGUGGCACUGUGAUUCAAUGGGUGUAUCGGGCGGUUGUCGUUAC